AACGUCAGUAAACAACACAGACAGACCAACCAAACAAACCACAAUACGUAGGUUGUUAUUUCUCUGAAAUUUAAUUUCCUUUUGCAUUAAAAAACUACACUAAUACAAGUAUUUAUUUUUAUAAGCACAAUAAUUACGCUCCUUGUCCUUGUCUAAAUUAGGGACCUGGUGGCUCAGGUUGUAUCUUAGUAAGAUGUCCUCGGAUACACUUAACAUAGCCCGAAGAAAACUGAACGAUGCUUUGGGGGAGAAAUCGCUUAGAUAUUUUAACCACAUGAAGCAGUGGUUUCGAAUGAAACUAACAAAGGAAGAAUUUGACGCUGAAGCACGGAAUAUGCUGACUGUAGACCAAGUUCAUUACCACAAUGAGUUCUUACUGGCGUUGUUAAAUAAAGUUGAAGGGCUGGCUGAAACGUCUAUAUCCAUAGCUCAAGAGAAAGCAGUUUCACACAACAGAAAGAAACCUAAAAAGAGCCAUAGACAAUCUGAAAAAUCCACUUUUGAACCAGCAGACCUUCUUGAGUACUUGCCACCUAAUUCACCACCUGGAGCUGGCAGUGAUGGAGUUAAAUAUGCAGCACAGGAGGUGUUUCUACCAGAUCAUGCACUGGUAGUUGGUAGAUUCAUGUUAGCAGCCUGGGAACUUGGCCUAGAAGGAGCUGAUGAUGAAGCCGCAGACAUCAUAGUGGUAGCUGUCCAGAAUUUCCUGAAGAAUGUUAUAAGCACCGUAAUAUCCCAACGCAAAGGUUACAAGAUGCGUGGCAAUCACUUCAUGUAUGAUGUUGGAGGUGACGUCCCUAAUAUGUGGCUAAGGAAUACUUCAAAGUUGUAUGACCCGCAAUUAGAAGGGAGGGUUAAUUUGGAUGAUAGUUUUGAUGCCCUCGGCCCUAGAUGUCCACCAACUAUAGAUGAGGUCGAGCAUUCUGCUGCGUUUGAAAUUGCUUGCAGUGUACCAAACCCAGAGCCUAAUGAUGAUAAAUUGACCAUAGACGAGUUCUACACCACAUUGCUGACACAUAAGAAUGCUAUAGCUUGUCACUCCGUGUAUGCUGUUAAUAUGGAAAGACUUGCUCUGAUGUUGAACCAUCCCAGUUAUUAGAAAGAAUAUUUAUCAUUUGAAAUGUAAAAUAUUUAAAUAUCUGUUUUAAGAGUUACUGGCAAGCUGUGUUGUUUGACACAUAAACUGUAUUAUUAAGAAUAUUAAUUAUAAAUAGGUGCUUGUUUAAAUAAAAAUAAAUCUCUAAAAAAAACAAUAAGUA